AUGAUUCCAAAACAGUUAUUAAGUUGUAUUUUUACUUCUUUAUUUUCUGCUUUUUUCCUUUUCCUUUUUCUUUUUUUUCUCUUUUCUUUCUUCUUUUUUCUUUUUUCUUUCUUCUUUUCCUUUUUUUCUUUUUCCUUUUUUCUUUUUCUUUUUUUCUUUUUCUUUUUUCUUUUUCCUUUUUUUCUUUUUUUUUUUUUUCCUUUCUUUUUUUUCCUUUUUUUUUUUUUUUUCUUCUUUUUCCUUUCUUCUUUUUCCCUUUUUCUUUUUUCCUUUCUUCUUUUUUUCCUUUCUUCUUCUUUUUUCCUUUUUCCUUUUUUCUUUCCUUGUUUUCCUUUCUUCUUUUUUCCUUUCUUUUUUUUCCUUUCUUGUUUUUCCUUUCUUGUUUUUUCCUUUCUUUUUUUUUCUCCUUUUUUUCUUCUUUUUCUUUCUUCUUUUUUUUUUCUCCUUUUUCUUUUUUUUUGUCCUUUCUUUUUUUUUCUUUUCUUUUUUUUCUCCUUUCUUGUUUUUUUCUCCUUUCUUGUUUUUCUCCUUUCUUGUUUUUCUCCUUUCUUGUUUUUCUCCUUUCUUGUUUUUCUCCUUUCUUGUUUUUCUCCUUUCUUGUUUUUCUCCUUUCUUGUUUUUCUCCUUUCUUGUUUUUCUCCUUUCUUGUUCUUCUCCUUUCUUGUUUUUUUCUCCUUCUUUUUCUUUGUUUUUUCCUUUCUUGUUUUUUCUCCUUUCUUGUUUUUUCUCCUUUCUUGUUUUUUCCUCCUUUUCUUUUUUUUUUUCUCCUUUCUUGUUUUUUUUCCUUUCUUGUUUUUUUCUCCUUUUUCUUGUUUUUUUUUCCUUUCUUGUUUUUUCUUUCUUUUUUUUUUCUCCUUUCUUGUUUUUCUCCUUUCUUGUUUUUCUCCUUUCUUGUUUUUCUCCUUUCUUGUUUUUCUCCUUUCUUGUUUUUCUCCUUUCUUGUUUUUCUCCUUUCUUGUUUUUCUCCUUUCUUGUUUUUUUCCUCCUUCUUUCUUGUUUUUUCUCCUUUUCUUGUUUUUCUCCUUUUCUUGUUUUUUUCUCCUUUCUUGUUUUUUCCUUUCUUGUUUUUUCCUUUCUUUUUCUUUUUCUUUCUUCUUGUUUUUUUUUCUCCUUUCUUGUUUUUUUCUCCUUUUUCUUGUUUUUCUCUCCUUUCUUGUUUUUCUCCUUUCUUUGUUUUUUUUCUUCUUUCUUGUUUUUUCUCCUUUCUUGUUUUUUUUCUUUUCCUUUCUUGUUUUUUUUCCUUUCUUGUUUUUUCUCCUUUUCUUGUUUUUCUCCUUUCUUUUCCUUUUUUCCUUUCUUGUUUUUCUCUUCCUUUCUUGUUUUUUCCUUUCUUGUUUUUUUCUCCUUUUCUUGUUUUUCCUUUCUUGUUUUUUCUUUUCUUUUUUUCCUUUUUUUUUUCCUUUCUUGUUUUUUCUCCUUUCUUGUUUUUCUCCUUUCUUGUUUUUUUUCCUUUCUUGUUUUUUCUCCUUUCUUGUUUUUUCUCCUUUCUUGUUUUUCUCCUUUCUUGUUUUUUUUUCCUUUCUUGUUUUUUCCUUUCUUUUUCUUGUUUUUUUUCCUUUUCUUGUUUUUUUCUUUCUUUUCUUGUUUUUUCUCCUUUCUUGUUUUUUCCUUUCUUGUUUUUCUCCUUUUCUUGUUUUUCUUCCUUUCUUGUUUUCCUCCUUUCUUGUUUUUCUCCUUUCUUGUUUUUUCCUUUUUCUUGUUUUUCUUCUUCCUUUCUUGUUUUUCUCCUUUCUUGUUUUUUCCUUUCUUUGUUUUUCUCCUUUUCUUGUUUUUUCUCUUUCUUUUUUUUUCUCCUUUCUUGUUUUUUUCCUUUCUUUUUUUUCCUUUCUUGUUUUUUCCUUUCUUGUUUUUUUCUCCUUUUUUUUCUUCUUUUCUCCUUUUUUUUUUUCUCCUUUCUUCUUUUUUCCUCCUUUCCUUUCUUUUUUUUUCUCCUUUUUUUCUUUUUUUCUCCUUUCUUCUUUUUUCCCUUUUCUUCUUUUUUCUUUCUUCUUCUUUUUCCUUUUUCUUUUUUUUUCUUUUCUUUUUUUUUUCCUUUCUUUUUCUUUUUUCUUUUUUCUUUUUUUUCUUUCUUUUUCUUUUUUUUUCUUUUCCUUUCUUCUUUUUUUCUUCUUUUUUCUUUUUUUUCCUUUUCUUUUCAAAAGAUCAGACUGA